AUGGUGGAUCAUCUUGCCAUAUUCUUGCCUCACAUCUCGGACGUCACAGCGCCCAUCAGAGCCUUACUGAACAAGUCUGCGAGUUUGGUGUGGCAGCAUGAGCAAAAGGCCGCAUUCGAGAAAAUCAAGGAACUCUUGACGUCAGACAGGUGCAUGACCAAGUACCACCCGUCGUACGCCACUACGGUGUCUGCAGACGCAAGCUCAUUCGGACUCGGCGCAGUUUUGCUACAGGCGCAACCCUCUGGAGAGCGCCUUCCAGUCGCGUUCGCUUCGAGGUCAAUGACCGAGACCGAGCAGCGUUACAGCCAGACCGAAAAAGAAGCUUUGGCAACGACGUGGGCUAUCCAAAUGUUCGAUGAGUUCGUCCGUGGCAUCACCUUCGACGUCGAGACUGAUCACCUGCCACUCGUUUCACUUCUGGGCAAGAUGGAACUGGACAUGUUGCCGCCUCGUAUUCAGAGACUACGGCUGGAGACCAUGCGAUACCAGUUUCGUAUGCUGCACGUGCCAGGAAAGCUGCUAGCCACGGCCGAUACUUUGUCCCGCAUCACCCACAAGGCACCCACUCCCCUAGACACUAUUGAAAUUUUUGCAGCACAGGUAGUCGGCUGCACGUCGAAAGUCUUGCCACUCAGCCCUAAAGACGUGCGACAGGCACAAGAGUCUGAUGGCGAGUGCAAGGUCCUCGCCUCAUACUGCCAGCAUAGUUGGCCACAAAAGUCCAUGAUAGCACUGCACCUCUCAAGGUACGCCUCUGUGGCAGACGAGCACUCUGUCUGCGACGAUGUUCUGCUGAAAGGAGCCCGGAUAGUCAUCUCAUCGUCCCUUCGGCCGGCGGUCUUGACGCUGCUGCACGAAGGUCACCAGGGCAUCAACAGGACUAAAGCCCUAGCUCGGGAGUCAGUUUGGUGGCCCGGCAUCUCGGCAGACAUCGCCUCUCUUGUCACCAACUGCGAACAGUGCGCUUCCACCCGCGUGAGCUUUGCAGAGCCCCUGGUCUCCGCGGCUCUACCCAUGGACACGUUCAUCCUCUUGGUGAACUAUUACUCAAGGUUUCCUGAGGUGGUGACCCUGAGGAGCACGACAGCUCAGGCAGUCAUCGACGCUCUCAAAACUAUCUUUGCCCGCCAUGGAAUCUCGCAAGAAGUCAGGUCAGACAACGACCCACCGUUCUCGUCGCAAGAGUUCGCGGCGCUUGCAGCGUCGUACGGCUUUAGCCAUGUGACCAGCAGUCCACACUACGCUCAAUCGAACGAAGAGGCGGAGAGGAUGGUGCGUACAAUCAAGGACCUGUUUCGCAAGUCAAGGGAUCCUCAUCUGGCUCUGCUAAGCUAUCGGGAUACUCCAGGAGUCGACUGCUUUAGUCCAGUCCAGCUGUUGAUGGGACGUCAAAUCAGAACCAGAGUCCCAAAGUAA